AUGUCGAUUGGCCGAAUUUUAGAUAUGUGCAGGAAGGAUCUUGAUAUUCCAAUCAAUUCUCCUAAAAUUUUAUUAAAAGAUUUACAUUCCAGUUUUAUUUUAAAAUAUGCUCAAUCUAAAGGAUCUUAUGAAUAUAUUAUGUCAGCACACCUAAGAAUGAGUGGUAUUUAUUGGUGUUGUGGAGCUAUGGAUCUCCUAGGACAACUUGAUAAAAUGGAUCGUGAAGAUAUAUUAAAAUUUAUUUUUGAUGAAUGUUUUGAUGAGAAAUCUGGUGGUUUUCGUUCAUCAGAAGGAAAUGAUCCACAUUUACUAUCAACAUUAUCGGCUAUUCAACUUUUAAUAAUGUUUGAUGCUCUUGAUCAGUUAGAUAAAAAUGCUGUAUCAAAGUUUGUUACAGCUCGUGUCAAUGAAGAUGGUAGUGUUAGUGGAGAUGAUUCUAAUGAAUUAGAUACAAGAUUUUCAUUUUGUGCACUUGCAUCAAUGUAUUUAAUUGGAAAGAUUGAUGAAAUUAAUAGUGAUAAAAUUAUUGAAUAUGUAAUGAAAUGUUAUAAUUUUGAUGGUGGUUUUGGUACUAGACCAGGUUCUGAAAGUCAUUCAGGACAAAUUUAUUGUUGUUUAGGAAGUCUAGCGAUUACAGGAAAAAUUGAUUUAAUUGAUAAAGAAAAAACUGCUGAAUGGUUAGCUUAUAGACAAUGUCCUUCUGGAGGGCUUAAUGGAAGACCUGAAAAAUUACCUGAUGUAUGUUAUGGAUGGUGGGUUUUAUCAUCUUUAGCUAUGCUUAAAAAACUUCAUUGGAUUGAUAAAGAAAGUUUAGUAAAAUUUACAUUAGCUUCCCAGGAUGAUGAAACUGGUGGUUUUGCUGAUCGUCCAGAAGAUUACCCAGAUCCUUUUCAUACAGUAUUUGGUUUAAGUGCUCUAUCACUUCUUAAUGAAGGUGAUUUAGAAGUUAUAGAUCCUGUAUUUUGUAUUACAAAAAAACGUUUAAAAAAUUUAUCAUUUAUUUAA